AUUUGUAGGGAACGAGCAGUCUAGAGGGUGUAGCCGCUCGAUUUCAUAUCAAGUUUGAAAAGUAAAUACAGUACUAGGAAGUUGGCGCCUUCUACUUUUUUAUUAUUAUUUUUUUUACAGGUUUACAAAAUAUUUUUAAAUUUAAGAUUGCUGCUAUUUUAUUUGCAUAUUUAGUAUAUUUCAAAGUAUAUUAUUAGCUGAAUCUUUUUGGAUUUAUCCAUUUUGGGGACUUGUAUGAACUUCAUUUAGCAGAGACCCUUAACAUUCAACUAAAGAGUUAAAUGAGAAGGCAAGCUUCUCCCAACUUUUCUGUCGCGCUGAGAUAAGAUUUUUAAUUUGAGUUAAAAACCUCGAUUGAUCCAAGCACUGUUGAACUUGUAGUGGAAAAUGAAUCGGUAAAGUCAAUCCACCUGGUGUUUUGAGGGUUUUUUGCAACCAGCUAGCUGUUGUUCAGCAACGACAUGAUGUAUUCUCCCAUCUGCCUAACGCAGGAUGAAUUUCAUCCGUUCAUCGAGGCACUUCUUCCACACGUCCGUGCAAUCGCCUAUACUUGGUUUAACCUCCAAGCCCGAAAGCGCAAGUACUUCAAGAAGCACGAGAAGCGGAUGUCAAAGGAUGAGGAGAGAGCGGUCAAGGAUGAGCUGCUUGGUGAAAAGCCUGAGAUCAAACAGAAGUGGGCAUCCAGGCUGCUCGCCAAGCUCCGCAAAGACAUCCGCCAAGAGUACCGGGAGGAUUUUGUGCUCAGUGUUACGGGGAAGAAGCAUCCUUGCUGCGUGCUGUCCAACCCAGACCAGAAGGGAAAGAUCAGGAGGAUCGACUGUCUCAGACAGGCCGACAAAGUCUGGCGCCUUGAUCUGGUCAUGGUGAUCCUUUUCAAGGGCAUCCCUUUGGAAAGUACGGAUGGAGAGAGGCUCGUGAAAUCCCCACAUUGCACCAAUCCAGCACUUUGUGUCCAGCCACAUCAUAUAACAGUAUCAGUCAAGGAGCUGGACUUGUUUCUGGCAUACUAUGUCCAGGACCAAGACUCCCAGCAGUCAGGAAGUCCAAGUAACAAUGAACCUGGAAAGAAUCCUCCAGUUUACCUUGAGGACAGUUUUAUCAAAUCAGGAGUCUUCAGUGUUUCAGAGCUAGUGCGAGUUUCCAGAAUGCCCAUCACCCAGGGAACUGGGGUGAAUUUCUCAGUCAGUGAGCUCCAAAGUCAGCCAUACUACCAUGACUUGAACUCGGGGGUAGGCCUUCACAGAUCGCUGUCCUCUCCACCCGGCAGCAAACGGCCUAAGACGAUCCCCAUAGAGGACAGCAUGGAGACAAGCCCAUCUGGAGACUUUUACUCUUCUCCCAGUUCACCAGCAAGUGGCAGCAGGACAUGGCAUGAAAGAGAUCAAGCAGAUAUGUCUUCUCCCUCAAUGAAGAAGCCAGAGAAGCCAUUGUUUAGCCCCACAUCCCCCCAGGAUUCCUCUUUAAGAUUGAGCACUUUCCCUCAGCACCAUCACCCGGGAAUCACAGGAGUCGGACACAGUGUUAUCUCAACAAGAAGCCCACCUCCACCAUCACCGUUGCAGUUUUCAGCACCUUCUAUUCUCCCUCCUGCCCCGACCACCUACUUCUCUCACCCCACAAUUCGAUACCCACCACACCUGAACCCUCAGGAUACCCUGAAGAAUUAUGUACCAUCUUAUGACCCGUCCAACCCACAAACCAGCCAGUUUUACAGAUACAGCUGGGUCAACCCUAUUGACAGUCACCAUGGAAAUCCAAGUGUUGAGUAUCCAGAAUCACUACAGUACUCUCAAACAACUACUGGUCUGCCUAGCAGUGGUCAAGUUGUGGGGAAAGUGCCAGGCCACUUCACCCCGGUUUUGGCACCGUCUCCACACCAUGGCUCAGUGCGACCCGUCACCUUGUCCAUGCCAGACACUAAACCCAUCACUACAUCGACAGAAGGUGAGGCAGCUUCACCCACCACAGCCACCUACACAGCCCCAGGCACACCCACUUCAAACAGAUUCGUGGGACUAAGCUCAAGGGACCCAGCCUUCUUACACCAGCAACAGCUGAGGAUUUGUGACUGGACCAUGAAUCCAAACGGCAGGCAUUUAUACCCCAGUGCCAGUGAGGAUACAUUGGGAAUUACUUGGCAAAGUCCUGGUACCUGGGCGAGCUUAGUUCCAUUCCAAGUGUCGAACGGGACUCCGAUUCUGCCAACAAGUGUCCAGAAUUACAGCAUAAACAUCAUUGGUGAACCCUUCCUUCAAGCAGAAACAAGUAACUGAAGACAAAGAAGAAAGGAAGCAGAGCCAGCAGAACUGAGAAUAGUAAAAACACUACAGAGCAGCAAGCAGCACUCAUACAGGCUCCAUUGUCUCAAUAGGGGGGCAUUGAAAAAAUAUUAAAAGGUUGUUUAAAGUGCUCUUGCCAGCUAGCCUUCGUAAAAAAUAAAUAAAUAAAACUCCCCAGGUAACUGUUGUUGUAUAUUAGAUACAACUUUAGAUGCCUUAAUGUUUGCAUGAUAAGCUAGUUUCUAUUAAUAGUUUUUUUCUUUUCUUUAUGAACUUUUGAGAGAGAUAAUCCUGGGUUUGAGUUGAUUUAAAUCAUAAAAAAAUCAAAGGCUGACUGGCAAGCAACUGAAUUGUAGUUUAUUUUCAAAUUAAAUAGCCUGUCACCUGAAGAGGCCCAUGAAUCAAACCAUUCGCUACAUUUCCAUAGCAACAAAGUUGAAAAUCAGAUGCUUUUCUUCAGUUUGCCACAGUUCUGUCAAAGUUAACCUUUAACCUAUAAUCUUAUUGGUCUUGUUCUUAUAUUUAGAUUAAGGUUAAAGGUCAAUACCUACGCUAAAAGGUUUACUAAUACAAUAUACCUAAAGGUAAUGAUAAUUGCCUCUUGCAUAAGUGAGAGCAACAUGAAUUUAGAUAUUUCCCUAAAAAAAAUGUAAGCAUAUAAGAGGCAAGUGCAAUUUUAAAUUUAAUACUGAAGGGAAACUAUAGUCGAUCAGCCCUAAGACUCUAAAUUGAGGGAAAUAAAAUGUUUGGGAUUUUUUUUUUGUUUUGUAAGAAAAAAAAAAACUUAAACAAUUUAGAGUUGUAUCCUUAAUUUACAAGGGGAAAAUGAUUUAAAAAAUGUAGACUCAACUGUGCUUGAUAGGCAGUGUAAACAAAUCAUAAAUACGAACAAAACAGCACUUAUAUUUUUAUGAGCCGUUCCCUCCCCUGGAGGUAGUCUUUAUUUAUUAUGAAUUAAAAAGUGGAGUGUGAAAAACACAUAUUGUGUAUAAAUGGCUUACGAAUCCAGCAUCACAGAAGCAGAAAAAAAGAUGAAUUUGUCCGUUAGCUUAUGAAGCUACGGGUUACAAAAAAAAAAAAAAAAAUUAAGAGUGCAGGCUGUUCAAGUAAAAAAAAAAAAAAAAGAAUAGAAUUCUGCACUCAAGUCAACCCUAGCCUGACAUAAAGGGUGCUGAAUAGUUGCAUGGUGCUUAGUGAACACUCGUGAUUCAGUAGAUCCCUUUGGUCACAAACACUAGCAGUGUGCAUGGCAGUUACUUUGCCUCUGCAUCUCAAAACAAGAUAUAUAUAAAAUAAUCUUUCCAAUAAUCUUAAUUUGCACGAAAAUAUAUAGUCCACAUUACGUGCCUUGCCUUUGAAUAUAAAAGAGACAUCACUACACUUGUUUUUUGCUGCAUUUAUUACCAUUUUUAAAAUUAACAUUUUUAUGAUAAAAAAUAAUAAUAUUUUGUACUCUGGAUGAAAUUGUGACAUCAUUGAUUUUUAACUACAUUUACUACUUUAUCUCUCAUUUAUAAUGCAUAUCAUGGCUGUGUAUAGUUGCCGUUUAAAAGUUUAUAAUCAACCAGCAUUAUUUUCAGUAUUUUUGGUGUUUUUUUUUUCUAAUAACCUUUCAUUUUUUCUUCCAUCUUCCAAUUACUAUUUUGGGGGUUUUCAGAUUUAUAAGAAUUAUGCAAUACCAAGUUUUGCCUAUGUAGGUAGUGCUUAUAGCUGUAUUGAUUAUCAUAAGCUAGUAUGGAGAUAGACAAUAUUGUAUGCGUUCAUUUUGUUGUUGUUAUUGUUGUUGCUGUUGUUGUUGUUGUUGUUGUUGUAUUUUUUUUUUUAAUUGACCAAAGUGGGUACUGCUUUCUAUGCAGUGUGAUAAGGUCCUUUUUUGUGUACAAAGAGAUGGACACGGGGUGUUGUUUCUUUUUUAUACUGGGAGGGGAGGGAGGUGAUUACAAUUGUUUAUUUUUUAAAAACUUUGCAGCAUAGUAGUGAAGUGUGCACCCAUAGCCUAAUACAGGCUGCAAAGUCACUGAUCUGUCUACUGUGACAAACUGGUUCCUUCUUUUAACUUCCCACCUGGGGUGCAAGCAUGAUUCCUGGAAGAAGCUCAUUAUCAUAGGAGAGCAGGCUUGACUUGAGUACAGUCAUCAACCAGUCAAAUCAGAGAAGCUUGUUCAGAAUUAGAAUCCUUUAUAUUCAGGAAAUGUAUUAUAUAUGCAGUAUAUGGUGUUUGAGCUGAUGCACCCAUGCCCUGUGCAGGGGAAAAGAAAUGUUCAAGCAGCAAAUUUCAUUUAAAAAACAAACAAAAAAAAGGUUGUGGAGAGAUUAUUGAGUGUUGGAAUACAAUACUGGUUUGUUAAAACCCAAUCUUCCCUUCUUUAUAACAUAUUGUAUAAACUUAUUUAGACAACUACAAUAUAUGCCAAAUGGCUUCCUUAGCAACUGCCUUAAUAAGCCAAGUGACUUCUCAUACAUUUGCUACAAUCACAAACACACUAAUGUGCAUCCUGUAUGCAUGUGAGAACCCUUGAAUAAUGAAGCUAAACAAUACAUCAAUUACAGUUUAAUCUACUAUGUACCAGCACUGCAGUCUAAUCGACAAGAUGAUGAAAUCUGAAUUAGAAAAAAACAAAAUGGCUGUACAGUUUCCAUAAUUUUAAGCAGUUCCAAAUGCACAAAUAAUUAUGUUCAGUUAUCAUUUAAUUUAGAUUCAGGGUAUUUAAAGGCUUACUAAGUAAGAAGCCUGUAAUGGAAGCAUGUGAAAAAGACUCCCGACAGUGUUGUUUGCGGGCGCCAUUGCUGACUUAUUAAUGGGAUGCAUAGGCUUGAAGUGCACACGGCAUUACAUAUUACUGCAUCUUAAGAUGAUCACUUCAACAAAAGUUAAUAUAACACUUUACUAUCUAGCAUGCAGGCUGUACAUGUUAGCUUCCUAAACCUUGUUUGCCAUCUAUAGUAGCAGCUGUUUACAAAUGAUAUGCAUGUGAUUGCUCCCAUAAAGGAAACAACAACUGAAGUGGCUAUACAUACUAUAUCCGGCCUUUCCAAAAGGCAAUAACAUUUGGGACUCAAGUCAUGCCUCAUCUCUCCUACUUCACCAAGAUGCUUAUUCUCAAACCGAGCCACCCCGUUCUAUGUGCACUGUUCUGACUUUAUUAACUUAAGUGCUUUGCAGCCUCUGAGCCCCCUGGCGAUCCCCUAGUGUGACAAGAACGUGUAAUGCUUGUUUAGGGAAACAAAAGCAGUGAACAAAAGCAGUGAAAAACAAAAAUCAUGGCAACAAUUAUUAUAGCAAUAGUUCUGGGGGUAUUAUUCACUGGCAGCUCUGUGAAAUAUAUAUGAAUGCCUGUGAAGCUGCAUGCUAUGAGAGAAUCAAGGGUCUUUUCAAUGAACCACCUGCCUUGUAGAAAGCAAUUUGUACACUGUAUAGGUUUUUUUUAAGGUUUUCUCUUUUUUUAUUAAUUACAUACCCUGUUUUAUAAAGGUAACUUUUUUUUAAAACAUUCUAAAGGAUAUGUGUGUUAUUUCCAUUUUUUUAAGAAAAAAAAUUAAAAUCUUGCUCUUGUGGAGACUGGACUUGGGUUAAAACUCUCCAGUUGACAUUAAUUUAUAUAUUAAAAAUGACUGUCCAUUUAGCAUUUUUCCUACAUAUUCCAAUACUUAAAAAGUGCUGGGAACAUAUCCUUUACAGAAUUGUAAAUGGUGAAAAGUUAUAUUUUAUGAAGGCUAUUUUGUUGUAUUUAGUGUUGAUGAAUUUGGUUUUUGGAAACAUUUCAUAAUGUUGGAAGUAACACUGUCAUUUUUUUAUUAGAAUGGCCUUAGCAAGAGUUCUUGUGAUUUAUUUUUUAUACAUGCUGGUAUGGGAAUUACAACAUGAAAUGGCAGACAAAGAAUUUUAAAACACCUUGUCACCUUGAUGUGUUCUCUAGAAAAACACUUUGUUGAGAUUUGGUGUUGCUCCACCUCUGCCUGUCAGAAGGGGACCUUUGUUAAGGUGACACCAGAACUAGUUCUGUCCAUGUACUGAAAUGAGAAAACAUUGUGUAAAACUAUGAAGGCUGCAGAAUGGGAUCAUAUUAUACAGUGUACAGUAAUUUUAAAAAUGAUAAAAGGACAAGGCAAUGUUGCUGGCAUUUAGGCCCUAAGUAUGAUUACCACAUACAGUUUACAUGUUUCUGUCAUGGUCGUUAGUAAAAAAAAUAAUAAAAUAAGCAAAGCUAUACAGAUUUAUCAAAACAUUACAGCAGCGUGCUUCCUGGAUCCUUUUCAUUUUAAUUGAGAAUUCUUAAAUGUGCAGGCUAAGCAAAUUAGCAGUAAAAAAAAAGCCUAAAGUUGCAUGUCAGGACUCCAUUUAUGUAUUGAAGGAGUUAAAAGAAAACUACCUUCAUAUUUGCACUUUCUGCUAGUUCCCCUAUUCCUCUCAAUUCCACAACAAUUGUGUAGGUGUGGUUAACAGUUGGUACCUAAAUUACAUACAUCACUAGAAGAUGGAUGAUAGCCUGGACUACUGAUAUUGCCCUUUGACUUUUUAGGAUCAGUAUAUUCAAAUGCCAUUGUAGAUGCUUGUACUGUUUUUAUACCACAGCACACAAUGUUACAAGAGGAGAAGAUGGAAAUGGUCAAUUUUUACAUUUUUUGUUGUAGUUUGUUCUACAAUGGUUGUAUGUAGUUUUUUUUUUUUUAAAGGGCUGAAUAGUUUUAGAUAUCUGGAAAUAUUGCACACGUAUGAGAACAAUUUUAAAAGCAGUAAACAAAAAUUGCAUCAGUGACACUGGCUUUUUACAUUAGAAUACUUUGAAAACAAACCCAGCUGUACUAGAUGUAUUGCUCUGACUAUUGUUGUCCAAACCAAGAACGUUGGGACUAUUGGUAUGCAAGGAGGUCCAGUGACACUAAUGAAAUUUCCAGUGUAAUUCAUACAUUUUUACAAAAUGUGUUGUAAAACUGUGCUACAGGGACUGGUGUGAUAAAUGUAUUUACUAAUUGAAGACAUGUUGUAAGAGGUGUGUUCUAUUUAAAUGUGUUGUUUUUGGAGGGCAUUGAUUACUGAAUGAACUAACAUCAGGUUGUGUAAACAAGAAUGAAACAAAAACCAGCAAAUGUAACUUUUAAUCAAAAGUUAAAAAAAAAAAAAAAGUCAUAUAAGCAGUGCCUGUUCAAGCUCACAGUCUCUGUGGAGUUCAGUUGUAAAUAAAGCUCUUGAUAGAAUUUUUGUCAAAAACGUCUACAUACAGAAUGUGAGGGGCAGCUCUUCCCAGGCCUUUUUUUUUUUCAUUACAGUUUUUUUGUUUGUGCUUCAUUCAUAUGAAACUUCUAGUCAGCUGGGAUGGAGUGGCCCCUGUCUCUUGUAAGAUCUUGAUAUUUCUCUGAGAAAAAAAAAAAAAAAAAAAAAAAAAAAAAAACUUUUGUAGGGCAGUGUGUUUCUUUAGAGUCUCAAUGCUACAUUUAGUACAACAGUAGAUGACAAGUAGUCAGUUUAAUAAAAAUGCUUGCUUGCUACACAGCAGGGUUGAUCCAUUUUGGAUCUUGUGGCACUUUUACACCCCUUGGCUAAAAACAUUUUGAAUUUUCAAAACUGAAAUACAAGAGCAACAUCAAGGCUCCUCAGGCAGGUAUAGGCACAAGUCUGUGAAGCUGCCUGUAUGUAACGUAUCAUAAUCUAGUUGCCUAAAUGUAUUAUUUCUUUCUGUUUCUGGAACUUAGGCCUCUUGACAGGAGCAGGAGAGGGAGGGACUGAUGGUUUCAAAAACAUGUUUUGGUGUUUUCUUUUUAAGGGACUUAUUUCCUGUCUGCGGUAUAGCAGAAGGGACUGUCUUUGGGCUUGUUGCAAAUGGUACAGGGGCUAAAACUGCCACAAGAUUAAAAUCAGUGUAAAUAAAGCUUGACUUAUUGUGAUUGUUACUGUUAUAUCCAACUAUACUGCUAGCAGCUGCUCAUACUGCAGUCAAUUACUGGAAGUGGAUAUAUUUCCUAUGCAAAACUGUUUAAACAAUAAAAUGAGCUAUGCUACAAAACA